UAGGCAGCGAAUACCACAUUUUAAGCAUGAUAAUGUUGUCUCGUCAAUUCUCCCAACAAGAAUGCCGCGUAUUUUUAUCCAAAUUUGAAGUUAAUAACUCAAUCGAUGUGACGGGGAUUUUCCCACUCUUGCAUUGUUAGAUUAUACAUUUUCUCAUAGAUUAUUUCGUGCUACAGUGAAACGUCCAAUCACAUUUUGAUUUAAGAAUAGGGACGGAAUGUUGUAUGAAUAUAAAUUAUUGUCGGCCCGAGAUUACCAAGAGACGCUGCUGGGGCCGCCUACCACUGACAGCUGAACUGAAACCUCAAAAUUGUGCAGCAAAGUGGUAGAACUGGGCACAGCUGCAUGUUGCUUCUGACUACUGUAGUACGAACAUGGAUGUAAAGAAAAGGCGUUAAUUUAAUUAGAAUAUUCCCAUAGCCUUUUAACAACUGUGGAAAAAAACGAUUAGGCUACAUUGAACGGGAAACGAAAAUACAAUGUACCGUGGGUUUUCAAUUCAAGUUCUUGCGGAGCGAAGUCGGAACAAGGAGCGUCUGAAGGCAAGUUUAGCCGGGUUAUGUGAGUUGGAACUGCUUAAACAACGGCAGGAGUGCCUGGUGUUGGGUGCACUGUCCCUCGGGGACACUGUCCACGGCCCCGAUGGUUGGCAGCCCGCUCGUUAUAACUCAGAUAAACCCUCAUGCUCCAAGAACGACAAUCGGUAUCAGCCGGGUCUUCGUGGGUCUUACUGGGGGCUGAUCGCCUUCCUGGAGCGCCAGGUAGAUGUGCUGAGGGUGGACACCAGCCCCGCAGAGCCCCCCAUGCCCAGCUUAGAUUUCAAUGAACUGAGUGAAGGCAUGACCAGAGAAAUGCUUAUGCUCUACGCCAACAACAGAGAAAUGCUCUACGCCAACAACAGACUCAAAUCUGCUGGGGAAGUUUCCAUUGCACCUCAGGAUGGACAGCUAGACUCUCUGUCCCACGCAUCUGCCCUGCACUCUUUCUCAGUCCCAUGUGCCUCUGGCGAUGGGAUCGCUGAGAAGGCCACGGAAUGCCAAGAGGAGUCUUGGCCCUGUGUGCCCCAAGAUGGACCUGGGAAUGUGGAAGAGGAUUUGGAGAUGGUGAUGGGGGAGAUGAGGAAAAGUAAGCCUACAGAAGAUUACUACUGCCAAGCCAAGAAUGUGGAGACCUACAUCCUGGGCCUGAUCCACCGCAGCCCCAUGCCUUCACCGCUCAGAUCCAGCAAGCCCCGCACAAGCCUGGUACACGAUGGCGUCACCGUGGUUCGGAAGAGCAGCUUCUGUUGCAAAGAAGGCCAGGACCAGCAUCUGCUGCCCCUGGGCAGCAGAGCAGAGGGCCUGUCUCCCUGGGCUAGCAGCAGAGCAGAGGGCCUGUCUCCCUGGGCUAGCAGCAGAGCAGAGGGCCUGUCUCCCUGGGCUAGCAGCAGUCUGGACCAGGAGCCCUAUGAGCUACUGCCUCUGCAUGAGGAUGUCCUUGUCAAUCAUCUUCACCAACAACAGCUACCACCACCCCUUCAGCCAGGUCGCUAUCCCAGGACCAGAAAGCCUUCCCUGAUCAAUAACCCACACUCUGCCUCCCUGGACAGUCCACUCUCCUGCCGAUCCACUGCCAAUCAGGACCCCAGCAGCAGUGAGCCUGACUCACCCCAUCACCACUCUCAUCAGGCCCGUUCUUCACCACCCCUGCCUGACCAGAAACUGGUAAACGCCCAGUACAUCCCUGCCUAUCCAUGCCAGGCACCUACACGUUCGUUUGCGCGUGCCCUACUCCACUCCCACCAGCCCCCUGGAGGGCCCAAAUCCAGCCAAAGUGCCUUUCCUCCAGAGAGAAGCAGCAUCCAACAACAGCAGCAACUUCCACCUCCCCUCCAGAUGCAGUCCAAGUCCAGAGGUGUACCCAAAAAAUUUCGCUUUAGUGAGGAGAGACCUGCCUUCAAGAAGCCUGGGAAACGAGCAUGCCGAUCGCAGUCGGAGAACAGCCUUCUGGGACAGAGAAGUGUGCCUGAGCACAAGUACAACACAUUGGAAAAGGAUGGAGGAAGUGGACAAGGAGGAGGAGGGGGGGGAGGAGGGGGGGGAGGAGGGGGAGAAGGAGGAGGUCGUGGAGGUCAAACCCGAGGGAAGAAGCCUCAGCUAAGCAGUGGGGGUGGUGGUGCCAGUAGCUACCGACGCUGGCUUUCUACCUUGGAGUUGAGCCAGGAUGAACAGCUGCCUGGCCUGCCUCUAGCUCCUGCUGCUGCCAGCCAGCUGGAAUCAGGAAUCUCCCGGCGCAACCGUAAAGCAAGGUCUGGACCUCCGAGAUGCGCCUAUGCCGUCUCCCAUCCUCCUCUCCACAUGGAACACAUGGAGAGGGAGCGGGCUCCCCUUGGCCGGCCUGCAGAUUGCUGCACCCUCCCAGACCACAGGGAGUCUGAGUCCAGCAUCAGUGAGGCAGACUCCCCAGCCUCCAGCUCCCUCUCCAGCGACUCUGACGAGAGUAGCGGCUUCGUGUGGCCCCAGCAGCUGCACCUCCACUUGGCGCUCCCUUCUCCUGCAGGCCCUUCUGAAGCAUCCCUGCAGCCCAAAGCCUUUGUCAAGAUUAAAGCCUCGCAUGCACUCAAGAAGAAGAUCCUGCGCUUCCACACGGGCUCGCUCAAGGUCAUGACUACAGUUUGACUCAAGGCCUGUGUGGACAGCAGGGUUAGGAGACAUCGCACAUCCGUGUUGUAUGAUUUGCUGGACCACUGCAGUGUGAAACAUACAGUGGACUAUGGACUACACAGCUUGAGGUUUGAAGGAAUUUCAGUGCUGCCACAUUGAUAUCAGAAAGCAACUCAACAAAGAAACUGAGCUGACCACUGUUCCCUUAUUGGCUCUGCUCUGACCCAAUACAACAGUCUCAGAGACAAGAGUCUAUAGCAUGAGUUUGCUGUUGUAUUGUACACAGUGUGGUUGCCCAGGUUGUAGGUAUGCAUAAUGAAACCACAGGACUAUUCCAAAUGGAACCCCAUAAGCCUGACUCCUCAGAUGAAAAUGACUCCCUGACUUCUCAGAUGAUAAUGACUCCUCAGAUGAAAAUGACUCCCUGACUCUUCAGAUGAAGAUGACUUCCUGACUACAAAGAUGAAGAUGACUCUUGGACAAAACAGAACAGUGAAACUGCGUAAUGUUUUAGGAUGAACCUGUCCAGGGAAUCACACAGUGUUUGCUUAUCUAUCUUAUGUCAUGUAUUUGUCCUGGAGACCCAUUUAAAAUGUUUGGGGUUUGGUAAGUUAUACCAUGUUACAUGUGACAGUCUCAUUUGCAUUUUUGACAAGUUGAUAGGGUUAAUAACAGCCUUUCCUUUUUUGUUAUUGGUCCCAUUUGCAAAAUAUAAGGCACUGUAUAUUCACAUGCAUUAUUAGUAAACAGACAUUCCCCCAUCCAUUGGCCUCUUCCUCCAUCUCUCUCCUUCAUCCCUCCAUCUCUCUCCUUCAUCCCUCCAUCUGGUUUAAGUUAAAUCCCUGUUCCCUCCAGGGCAAAGGACCUGAAAUAUGUUCUAAAAGCAGAGAAAGACAGGAGAGUAAGAGAGGAGUAGGGGAGGAGAAGGAGAAGGGAGGAAGAGGGGAGAAGGAAGGGGGGAGGAAGAAGGGGGAGGAGCAUGACCAGUCUACAAUGGGCUGGAGGAGGAAAUCCAAACCAGAAAAGCGAAAACAAACAGAGAGGCUAAAAGGAGAAAAAAAAGUACAGAGUGAAGCUCAGAGUGAAGGAGUCAGCAAGCACAUCUGGCUUUGCUUACGGACAAGCAGGAAAACAUCUGGCUUUGCUUACGGACAAGCAUCAAGCAGGAGGCACGGGCCGAGGCGCCCUCCUGUGGAAGCAGGAAAACGAGCCUGGAGAGCAAGAUGGCGUGGUGACAGUGGUUGAAAAUGGAGAAAGGAAAG